ACUCGGUGCACGUGUGAGUCGCUCAGUCUGUCAGGUUGUUUUGAACUUACAUCGAUAAGAAAGCGAGUUAUUAUGUUUUCAAUAACUUUGUUCUGUGAUUGAAUGAUUGGUUUUGCUAUUGCUAGAAUUUAAAUAGUUCUGACAAUGAGCGAGGCUGGCUUCAGGGGGGGAAGGCGGAUCCCCACACCCUUCCCGCCACCCAAGGACCCACAUCAGAACAGGUCUUCUCUCCGGCUGGUGGGUAGCGAUGCUUCCUACAAGCUCAGUCCAUACGAGAUGGAAGCUCUCAACGCUGUGAAAGCAACGACACCAAAAAUGGAUCGCAACGGUUAUUUUUUCUACGUAACAUCAACCGCAAAGAAGAAGAAGAUCAACCUCAUGCAGCCGAAGCCGCCGCGGAUGGCUUUCGAGGAAAAACGCAGGCCUGGGGUGGCUGAAAGAGUGUAUGGCAGUGUGCCUCCGUCUGCCGGAGAGAACGGACGCAUUAUGACGCAACGGGCCCCGUCAGACGCUCCGCGCGCGCGUUUAUACACGCAACUAGAAAGUUAUCAACCAAAAUAUCAUACGAUACGUGACAGCAGUGAAAGAAAAGUGGAAAGUGAGAGUAAAAAGCGAAGGACUGAAAGGAGAUCUCAUCAAAUAAAUACUAGGCCAACAAAAUGCAGCAGUGGUUCACCGCACCGGGAGCGAAGACGGCGAGAAGAAGAACAGAUCUCAUCAGGAUUCAGCGCAGCUGUUCACCGAACCCCGCCUCCACCACCACCGGCACUGCUGAGGAGGUUGGGCGUAAAAGAACCCACUGGAGUUGGCAAGGUUAAAGUUAUGCUACGAGUGGGCGCGUCAGGAGAGGGACCCUUCACAAGCGGUACCCAGACCUUUUCUCUUGAUAAACGUAAGAGACAAGUUACACUCUGUGAGACAGCCACUGCAGCAGCCGCUCCUGAAGACAGGAAAGUUGGUGUCGCAGCUCCAAAAAUGUUUGCUUUCGACGCUAUUUUCUCACAAGACGACCCCCAGACGGAAAUAUGUUCGAGCGCGCUAACUGAUGUUAUACACGCCGUUAUAAAUGGAACCGACGGCUGUCUCUUCUGCUUCGGACAUGCAGGACUAGGCAAGUCGUAUACAAUGUUGGGACGGCCGGAUUCAUCUUCAACUUUGGGAGCCAUACCAUGCGCGAUCUCGUGGCUCUUCCGAGGUAUAGCGGAACAGAAACACAAGUGUGGCACACGCUUCUCAGUCAGAGUAUCCGCUGUUGAACUCUGUACCAACACCAAUCAAAUACGUGACUUAUUGGCUCCAUAUCACAACGACACGGAGCAAUCACCUGGAGUCUAUCUGCGCGACGAUCCCUUGUUUGGAACCCAGUUGCAGAACCAAUCGGAACUCCGAGUUCACAGCGCGGAGCGUGCUGCCUUUUAUUUGGAUGCAGCGCUCGGAGCACGGGUCAGGGAAGAGGGGAGGGAUAGCCAUCUGUUAUAUACUUUACAUGUCUACCAGUAUAGUGUGGGCGGCAAAGGCGCUGUUGCCGGAGGCCGCAGCCGUUUGCACUUGAUAGACUUAGGAAACUCGGAACGUGGGAAAACUAAUGGAGGAAUACCACUAUCCGGUUUAGGCAAUAUACUUCUUGCUAUAUUUAAUGGCCAACGACAUUUACCGUACAGAGAUCACAAUUUAACACACGUCCUAAAAGAAUGUUUAGGAUCCCUAACUUGUCAUACAGCUAUGGUAGUACACGUGUCUCCAAACGUCCAAAAUUAUUCUGACACUUUAUCAACACUGCAGUUGGCAUCAAGGAUACAUAGAUUGAGACGGCGAAAAGUAAAAUAUAGCGGAAAUAAUAAUGCAGGCUCGGGGGGAAGUUCUGGUGAAGAUGCUUCAAAACCUAGUAGUAGUGAGCCAGACCCUUCCAGCAGUGAUUUGUCGGCAGACACUGUAAUAUAUGUGGGUUCAUUAGACGAUGCAACCGAUGGUGAACAUCCCCCGGUGUACAUACCACACAUUAAUUCUAGUGACAACAGAUGUUCAUUUAGUAAAGCUUUAAGAGGAUCUGCCGCUGAACAUAAACACAAAUCUUCGUUAUCUAAAGUAGUGGAAGAAAAAAGUCCUAUACAUAAAUUACAUGCAUCGCCAAAAUCAUCUCCUCUAAAAAGUGCUAUACCAACCUUCACACCAAAAUCGUCACCAGUGCACACAUCUACUCCAAAAGCUGCACCCUUGAAAAAACAAGGCUCAAAGCAUAGUGAAGGUACAAGCGACGAACAAUGGAUAGAUGGUCCUAGGAUAUCUAAAUCGAAAUUAGUUGAAGCGCGGCAUAUUAUAAAAGAAACGCAAGUUAAAAAGAGAGAAACUUGGAUUGAUGGGCCAAUGCAGGAACCUCAAAUCCCGUUACAAUUUGAAUCUGUGCCAAUACAACCUAAUGCAGUACCACUACAAGUUGGAGUCCUUAAUUCCUAUGGCAAUGAAAAUAUUGGAUAUGGAUAUAUGGAUAAUCACAAAAAGAAUAUGAUAAAAAAAUGGGUGGAAAACCAAACAUCCCAAAUACACAAAUCGAGGCACAACUCACCCAGUCAUAAAGCUACACCACAACAUCCUCAAAAAGAUUGUGUCAGAUUACCGGACGAUAAUGAUACAAUACAUCGAAUGGAAAUAAAAGAUGCAACGAGACGGAUACAUGUUGAGGAAUCAACAAUCAGAACUGGAUUAAAAGCUGGAUCUAAAGGCAACGCAAUAGAAGAAGAAAACAUAGGUCCUCCAGAACAAGGGCCCGUACGAAAGAUUAGUAGUGCUAGAUCUUCAACAAAAAAUGAACCUGACGACGACGAUGAUAGUGAAGAGUUGGCAGAAAUACCUCCUGCAUUGCCUUUAAUUCAACCUAGUAGCCUAAAUAGUAGAGAAGUGUCUAUGGAAAGCCUAAAUAAUAAAUAUAAAGAAAGGAUGAGGAUGGAUGAUGAAAUGAUAUCAAAUCAUAGCCGAGACAUUGAUCCACACGGAAUGAGUAAAGGUCCAGAUGAAGAAGACGAGGAUAUUCUAGAAAUAAUCGAGGUAGAAGAACCUCUUGAACCAGUUCCUAUGCAAGAUUGUUGCCUUCAAGUGACUGAAGAAGACAUUGCUUAUUGUAUGGGAUAUACGGACAAUCAUUUAGCUGAUUAUGAGCACGAGGAAGGUGAUGACCAUCCUCUUAGAAUAUUAAGCCAAGAAAAUUUAACUGUCGCUUCCACAUUCACUGAUACACUUUCAAUGUAUAGUGAAGUAGAAAGGCAGAUUAGGACUGAAGCAUAUCUAAGACAAACAAUCGGGUUUUACACUCAGGGUUAUAGUGAAAAUACACACGAAAUUAACCCACACGAAAGUGUCCAUUCAUCAAGAACGAGAUUGGAAGAUCUUUUGGGUCUAACGGAACUGUACGGCUCAAGAAGAGUUUUAGACAGUAAUAAUACACCUCCUUCAAAAAUAGCUCCUCAGUUUCAAUCGUUGUCAUUAUGUAAUGUUAGAGAUACUGAAGAAUAUCAUGGUGACGGUUCUGUUUACAGUGAACCAGCAUAUCGGCCAAGUGAUAAAAUAUGUGAUAGUUGCAAACGGUCUAUGUCAAGGCCGGGUAGUGCUGUGGAGCAAUGCGAUGCAUAUCAUGAUUUAGGUGCCGCCCACAACGAUCCCUAUGGCCCAUUCGAAAGAUACAGACCAAAUGACAUCACCGAUGCUCGAAUAGCAUCUUUAAGACAUCCGGAUGGAGCAUCCGACCCAAACUUACGAGAAGAGAACCGAUUACCAGUAAUCGGUGGCCCUUCAAGCACAUUUCGAGAACUUAAAUCCAAUUUACAUCUUGAAGUAGCGCCACCCAUAGUUACUGUGGAACCACGUUUAGAAAAAUGUGAAAAAGGUGACAAAAACGUCGCAAGAGUGGUAGCUGGUUGUAAGCCUGACGGUUACGACAGUGGUCAUGAAUCAACACCGAGAACAGGGAAACACAGCCCCGCUGCUACAUCGAGAAGGGCAGAGUCAGGUUAUGACUCGGUCCCGAGAGAUUCUGACGCAUCUUCCUUAGACUCAUACCCAACGAGACGGGCGGCUGUAGCACGAGCUCACGCAAAAAAACACACCACAGCAAAAUACAAACAACACAGUGACAGAUCAUUCUGCUCGUGGCUAAGAAACCCCUUCACGUGCAAGUACGCGGAUACGGACCCCGAAAUUAGUGAUUUUUAACAAAUAAAAAUUAAAACUAUAUCAUAAGGUACAAAGUCGUACUUAAACGUAGUGUGUAAACUCUGAAUAAUCUCUAUCAUUAAGCUACAUUACCGAAUUUAAUCUGGAGACUGCUUUUGUACUCUAGAUAUACUCAUAUAUAUACAAAAGCUUUUGGCACUAAUCCAACGAGGUUACCGCUGUAUUUUUCUAAACCUUACGAAGCUUCUAGUUCUGCUCCGAAAUAUAUUUUUAAUGACGUACUUAGUGAGUUUAUCGGAUGGUAUUAUAAAUGUAACACUUGUAUAUACUCAAUACAGGCGUCUUAAGCAACGAUCCUCUCAAUAUCUAAUCCCGCUCAUCUUUUGUACUUUUAUAUAUUCAGCGUUUCGAUAUAAUUAUUCAUAUUUUAUGGCAACUGUUAUAGCUUUUUAUGAAAUUUGUAUAAAAGUGAGAUCAAGUGUCUUCCUUUGUCUUCCCUCGACGCUGACGGUACUGCCUUUUGAGCAACACUCAAAAUAAAUAUUGAUUUGGAUAUGUUUUAGUGACAACUCUUGCGAUCACCGUUACAUACAUACCAACCUCAUUAACAUAAUACAGAAUAAAUAGCAUUUUAAUGUGACAGCUACGUUAACGCAAUGUCGAAUGUUAAUAAAAAAUAACUAAAAAUAGUAUUAAAAAAGCAUUUAGUUGUUAGAUUACUUUUAUUGUAACGAUGUGGAUGGGGUGAAUAUUGUUUUUAUUCAUAUAAAAAAAAUUAAAUAUUUAGUAAUAAGACUGUUGUCAUGCCAUGUUCUAAAUAGCUUUAAUAUUUUAUCGUCUUCAAAAUCGGUCAACCUGUUUGUACAUAAUGGAAUGCAAUCACUACGGCUUUAUAAAAUGUUGGUGACCUUAGUUAUCGCUUAAAUUGUCAAUGUUCUGUUAUAUACCAUUUAAUAUUAUAUAAAUAUUUAUCGUAAAUUCUACUAUGCGUUCGUAUUAGUUUCAAAUAAAAGUUCAAUUUGAACCCAU